AUGUUUACGAGAAGCUUCAAAACAUCGCAAGCAACAGAGAGUUUUUCAAGAAGUCGUCGUCAUAAAGGAAAGUCUUCAUUUAGAGAACAUGCUGUAUCAAAGCAUCGUCAUGAGAAAACUACUCGUAAACCUCCAACCGAACAGAUUUCUUCUCCAGACACAUUAACCUCAUCCAUAAUCACUAUUGUCGUUGGUCGCGAACAAAGACUCUUUGCUGCUCACGAAGAUGUUCUUUGUCUAUCCCCUUUCUUCCAAUCUGCUUGUCGAAAUCAGUACAUGGAAACGAUUAACAAACGCAUAACACUUCUCGACGAAGAACCCGAGAUCUUUUCUUCCGUACUCGAAUAUCUAUACAAAGGAGACUAUUACCCUCGACUCGUACAUAACAAACGCAAGAAUACAUGGGAGCUGGAAAGUGGUGAUGGAGAUGGAAAGGAGUCAACCAUUCAUCAUCAUUCUAUUGAUGGCGAAUUGUUAAAAGAUACGGUUAUCUAUUGUGCGGCGGAGAAAUAUGGGUUAGAUGAGCUUCAAAGAGUGGCACUGAGGAAACAAGGGCUUCAAUCGGGUAUUCAAUGCAGUACCAUUCUCUCAUCAGCUCGUUAUGCAUAUGCCAACACUCCUGAUACCGAUUCUAAACUAAGAGCUCAUUAUUUGGCUCUGAUAAUCAGAAGUCGAAGCACAUUCAAGAGAAGUGGUACGAUGCAAUUGGAGAUGUUGCAGGGAGGCUCACCACUUUUUUUUGACUUGUUUGUUGCUUUGGCUAAUCAUGUUGAUGACGUUGUUGCGUGA